AUGGUCAGUUUCUCUGCCAUCCUGGAAAUCACAAUGUUCGUAUCCUGCCUUGGAUUUCUGGGUAAUGUGCUUCUCAUUGUCUCCAUCCUUCAGAACCAGCUCUCUCGAGUGAAAUCCUUCGACUUGUUUCUUUUGGGACUUGCUGUUGCCAACUUGGAGGAAAUUAUCAUUGUGAACAUCUAUGAUAUAAUAAUCCACUGGACUUCCACCACCGCAACAGCCACUGGUACGUUAGCGUGUCAUUUGCUAAAGUUCCUGACUGUGUUUGGGGAAAUUUCCAGCAUCCUCUUCACUGUCCUCAUCAGCAUCUUCCGCUACCAGAAGUUAAGAGAUGCAAGCAAACGAGGCAAUCUUUCAAUUUUCCUGGACAGCAUCAGGUUAGCCUGGAUGGUCAGCGGGGUUUGUGUGGCGCUCUCCUUCUUACUGAGUGUUCCCAUUUUUGUCAUCAGCCCUCAUGGUCAUACAGCAAACAUCACAAGAAACAGCAGCGUCUGCCCUCCAGACUUCUUUCAAUGCAGUCAAAAUGAUUGUCCCACUCUCAACCAAUUUUUCAAAUAUCUGUUCCUCCUUGUGUGCAACCUGCUGCCUCUCAUCAUUGUGACAGUAACAGGCAUCCUGAUCAUUAGGGUGCUGAUGAAACAGAGGAGGAAGGUGCAGCCGGUGGGGAGUGUGAGCGGGUCGAGUCAUUUCAGCAGGAAGAGUACACAUAUGAAGCUCCAGAGAAGCACCAUCGCCGUGCUGGCAGCUAUGGGACUCUUUCAGGUAAACUGGACUCUCUAUCUGAUCUUCCAUCUGACUUUGAGCACAAUUGAGUUUCCUUUUUGGGCUGAAAUAGAGUUACUCAUCUCCACUUCCUAUGCAUCCAUCAGUCCAUAUGUGUACGGGAUAGGGACUAACCUGUUCACUCUCAAGAACUUAACAAAGAAGUAG